AUGUUGAUGAACAGGGUCCUAUUUUCUUCACACAAAAAAAAAAGAUAGCAAACGGUCGUCCACCAGUGGCUGUUGGGACCAGAUGGUCGUCCAUUCAGAGCAGAUGGUUGUCCAGGGGUAGCCGUUGGGAGCAGACAGCCAUCCAACCCAGCCAAACGACCGCCCAGAAGUGGUCAUUGGGGGCAGAUGGUCGUCUACCUACACCAGACGGUC